AAGCGCUAGCUGGCUUCCCGCAGGAAGGGUUCAAGGGUCGCGCCGGUCCCUUUCGUCUCUCUGGGAGUGAGACCCGAACUGCGAGCGCGUCCAGUCCCGGGGUGUCGGCAGUACGGGAGCCCCAGCUCUGGAUCUUACGGAUGUCUCAGCAUGGUUGAGAUGGAGCAGGCAGAGGCCCAGCUCUCCGAGUUGGACCUCCUGGCCAGUAUGUUCCCUGGUGAGAAUGAGCUGAUAGUGAAUGACCAACUGGCGUUAGCAGAGCUCAAAGAUUGUCUUGAGAAGAGGACAAUGGAGGGGCGAUCAUCGCAAGUAUACUUUACGAUCAAUGUGAGCCUGGACUUCUCUGAGGCAGCAAUGGUGACAUUUUCUUUGUCUUGCAUUCUUCCUUUUAAAUACCCUACAGUCCUGCCCGAAAUUACAGUGAGAUCAGUAUCGCUGAGUAGAUCCCAGCAGACUCAGCUGAACACAGAUCUGAUAGCAUACCUGCAGAAGAACUGUCUUGGAGAUGUCUGUAUACUGAAUGCCACAGAGUGGGUUAGAGAGCAUGCCUCUGACUAUGUCAGCAGAGAUGCUCUGUCCUCCCCUGCCAGGCAAAGCCCAGUCCAGCCAGUGGAUCUCACUUUCACGAGGCUCUGGAUCUACAGCCACCACAUCUACAACAAAUGCAAAAGACGAAACAUCCUAGAGUGGGCGAAGGAACUGUCCCUGUCUGGGUUUAGCAUGCCUGGGAAACCUGGCGUGGUGUGUGUGGAAGGCCCACAAAGUGCUUGUGAGGAAUUCUGGUCAAGACUCAGAAAACUAAACUGGAAGAGGAUUUUAAUUCGUCAUCGAGAAGACAUUCCUUUUGAUGGUACAGCCAAUGGAAUGGAAGAACAGCGGAAAUUUUCCAUUUUUGAAGAAAAGGCCUUCAAUGUCCAUGGAGCCAGAGGAAACCACAUGGACUUUGGUCAGCUGUAUCAGUUCUUAAAUGCCAGGGGAUGUGGGGAUGUUUUCCAGAUGUUCUUUGGUGUAGAAGGACAGUGACUGAGCAGAGGGGAUGUCAGACUUGUUGGCUCCCUGUUCCUCUGUUGAUCAAGCUGUUCUUCCUUGAAAUUCUAUUUCACCUCCAUUCUAGAAUGUUCUAGGGUUGGGGUCAUAAGAAAAAAAUUAAUAUAGCUGAAGUGUAUCAGUUAAAACAUGUCAUGUCUGGAAGAAGAACUGAUUUUCAACUUGUAAACUUUAAAUUACUGACAGAGAAGGGUGGAGAAAUGGCUCAGAGGCUAAGAGCAAACACUGCUAUCGCCAAGGACCUAAGUUCAGUUCCCAGCACCUGUGGCAGGGAAGCUCAUAACCACCUAUAAGUCUUUCCUUCAGGGCAUUGGAUGCACUCUGACCUCCAAGGGUGUGUGCAUGAACACAGACAGGGAAGUAUAUUCUGGAUAUUAGAUCCCUGGAGCUGGAGUUGCAGGAGGUUGUGAGGUGCCCAGUGUGGGUGCCAGGAACCAAAGUUGGGUCCUCUGCAAGAGCAAUGUACCCUUUUAACCACUGAGCCACCUCUACAGCUUGGAAAUUUCUUGAUGUGAGCUGGAUAUGAUGGUACAUGCUUGUAAUUCCAGGAUUUGGGAAGUCGAGGCAGGAGGAUUGGAAGUUCAAGGCCAGCUGGGCUACAUCAGGCUCUGUCUCACAAAACAAAAAUAAAAACAAAGUUAUUCAUGCAGAAAUUUUUGAAAGACAAAUUAUAUGUGAAGGUAAUUUUGGUGGUUCAACUUGUUAGGCAUUUCUAACACUCUUCUGCCUUUACUGAGAAACCUGGAAAAGCUUCCUUGUCACCUUCCUGGGUGCAGCUACAUUUGACUGUAGGUUACAGCUGCAGGAUUUCUGGGGAUGAAUUUGCUUCUCUUCUCCUUCUGCCACGGACACUGAAGUGAUGACAGGAGAAGGGAGUGAUGAGCCAAGAUAUCUCAGAGAUGCCAUUUUACAAGAAAUCUUGUCACAUGCAGACCCAAUGUUAAUCCUUGCCUAUCUCCUGACCUUUGAAAUAAACGAAAUGUAAAACUCUCUGUGCUUGUUAGCAGCAGUCAGUAGUCAGAAGUUUGAAACUACCCUGCCUUCUAAAGUACAAACAGAAUAAAGCCUUCCUUAUUGGUG